CUAACAAUUUCAGUCUGGUCACUUUGAAGCUGACCCAGAUGCAACGUCUGACACCACACCUCCUGAGGUCAGGAUGCGACUUUCUACACGCCCUGGUCAAUCUCUUGGAGGGUCAAACUAUGCUGAAAAGCUUGGAUUUAAGCAAUGCAGGCCUGACAGUUGAUCAAGGUCAGAUAUGUGGUCUUACAUGUCUUACAUGUGGUAUUAGGACAGGGUCGGGUGGUAUGUUCAUAUAGUCCAGGUGAGAAUAAGAUAUUUUGGUCUUACUGAGCGGGGUCAAGGUGCAAUGGUUUUUGACUCAUUAUCCAAAGUAAAGGGCGUUUGAUUUAGUCUCUGUUGUGAACUGGAUUAUUGUGAAUGUGGGGUAGGGGGAGUUGUUGACCGUGAGGUCUCAAGAGAGGAGAACAGAGCCUCAUCACCCAAAUGAGGACUGGACACUGCGCGACACGCAGCUAUCUCCACAGACUAGAGGAUCGAAGGGAACCAAACUGCAGAUUCUGUGGCGAAGCAGACAAAACAGUGGCUCAUUUGGUCAUCACGUGUCCUAGUGGGGGAACGGGGGCAAACGGGCGAGACCCGGAAGCCUGCCUUGAAGAUGUGAUAUACGGGGAUGCCCAGCAGAUGAGGCUCACCGCCAAAUUAGUAGCCAGGGCUCUAAGAGACUAAGUCACAGCCCAAUAGAGUAUUGACGUUUAUUAGUCUCUGUUGUGAACAGGAUUGUUGUGAAUGUGGGGUAGGGGGAGUUGUUGAUCGUGAGGUCAGAGCGUGAAGUUAGUCCGUGAUGUGGAACGUAAGUAUGUGCUGAGUGUUUUGUUGAGAUAUAAAAGGGAAGUGUUUUAGUUGACAGGAGAGACGAGUGAUCGUUAGUUGAUAGUGAGAGAUGGGUCGAUGAGUCAGAGUCCAGAGUAGAGUCAAGAGAUUCGCUGUAGGGCUUGUUGCCUGAGGAUAGCAUUUUUCUACUGAAUGAAUUAUGUAGCAACUUUGUUCUGUAACAAGUUGAUGUUUUAGUACAUGGAAAUAAAUACAUAAUUUACAAUGGACUAUUCAGAGUUUGAGUUACUUGACCAAAAGAGAGACGAGAUUUAACCUUACAGGUCUGACAUGACGUUAGACAUCGAUUAGUCACCAUCGGAUGUACUAGACCAACGGAGGAAGGCCGCAAAAAUUGGAGGCCGCAACAGUCUCAUAGCUUAGCUAUCCAUGGCGUCAAGUUGGCAACAUAAAUGAACACUCGACACACAAUGCACUCAGGUCAAGAGCAAACAGUGCACAGCAAAGACGUUCAUUAUGGUGCAUCAAUGAACAUUCGACACACAAUGCACCCAAGUCAAGAGCAAACAGUGCCCAGCAAAGACGUUCAUUAUGGUGCACCAAUGAACAUUCGACACACAAUGCACCCAAGUCAAGAGCAAACAGUGCCCAGCAAAGACGUUCAUUAUGGUGCACCAAUGAACAUUCGACACACAAUGCACCCAAGUCAAGAGCAAACAGUGCCCAGCAAAGACGUUCAUUAUGGUGCACCAAUGAACAUUCGACACACAAUGCACCCAAGUCAAGAGCAAACAGUGCCCAGCAAAGACGUUCAUUAUGGUGCACCAAUGAACAUUCGACACACAAUGCACCCAAGUCAAGAGCAAACAGUGCCCAGCAAAGACGUUCAUUAUGGUGCACCAAUGAACAUUCGACACACAAUGCACCCAAGUCAAGAGCAAACAGUGCCCAGCAAAGACGUUCAUUAUGGUGCACCAAUGAACAUUCGACACACAAUGCACUCAAGUCAAGAGCAAACAGUGCACAGCAAAGACGUUCAUUAUGGUGCACCAAUGAACAUUCGACACACAAUGCACCCAAGUCAAGAGCAAACAGUGCCCAGAAAAGACGUUCAUAAUGGUGCACCAAUGAACACUUGACACACAAUGCACUCAAGUCAAGAGCAAACAGUGCCCAGCAAAGACGUUCAUUAUGGUGCACCAACAAAAAUAUCCAUUGAACGAUCUUGACCCACCUGGCCGCAUCGCUCAAACAUUUGUUUUGUUUCAUGUGGAGAGCAGACGAGAUUAUUGACGGAAAAACCCGAGUGGGGAUCUCCGGGUCCGGACAGUUCCGAUGGCGCGAAAUGCGUUUAUUCCAACCUGCACAAUCUCAGGAACACAUCUAUCAAAAACAUAUAAGAAGGUCAUUCUAUUAUAACUAGGUCAUUCUAUUAUACGUAUGUAAUAUCUCUAUAAGUUAGCCAUUUCGUUAGACCUGGGUCACAUAGUUCCACAAUUAACAAUGGUUUAGAUGAGUGACACUGUCAUGAGUUGGCAAACUUUACUCUGUAAAAGUUUGAAAAAUUCUGCUCUGUCACACAUUUGACAACUUUAAAAAAACAAGCUAUUUUAUCUAGGAUCUUAUGAUGUAAAAUUUUAAGGAGUGAAGUUGACAAAACAUAAAGGUUACCAAGGGUGAUCAUAGAGUAGACCAAACAUAAAGGUGACCAUGGGUGACCAUAGAGUAGACCAAACAUAAAGGUGACCAAGUGGGAUCAUAGAGUAGACCAAACAUAAAGGUGACCAAGAAUGGAUCAUAGAGAAGACCAAACAUAAAGGUGACCAUGGGUGAUCAUAAAGUAGACUAAACAUAAAGGUUACCAUGGGUGAUCAUAGAGUAGACCAAACAUAAAGGUGACCAUGGGUGACCAUAGAGUAGACCAAACAUAAAGGUGACCAAGUGUGAUCAUAGAGUAGACCAAACAUAAAGGUGACCAUGGGUGACCAUAGAGUAGACCAAACAUAAAGGUGACCAUGGGUGAUCAUAAAGUAGACUAAACAUAAAGGUGGCAAAGGGGUCACUUUUUAACAACAAAGUGUGUCGCGGACCGCUUAGACACGCAAGUCCACCACUGACUGAAGGGGAUCUUAGAAUAGACCAAAUAUAUAGGUGGAAAAAAGUGAUCAUAGAAAAACGAUACAGACGACCAAAGGUGAUUAUAGACCAAACAUAAUGGUUAAGAAAAGGUGAUCAUAGUGAAGAUGAAACAAGUACUUGAGUGACCCAAAGUAAAGGUGUCGAGACAGUGGUUUUUCUUGAACUUGAUAUUGGACUCGAACCGAACCAGAAUCAAACACGCUGACCCCUGCUGUACCAUGAUAAGUCAUGAAACAAUUUUUACUUUUUUAUAGUGUGUUUUAAAGCUUUUCCUAUUAAACAUUUAAUCAGUAUAUUUUAUGAUUUUAUGAUUUUAUGAUUUAUUUAAAUUAAAACCAGACUAUUUUCAAGCAACGAUAAUUACGGAACGAACUGAACUUCAGUGGUACCCGAACUUCAAAGGUUGCCUGAAUUAAUAUAGUUUCCGAAAUUCGGUAGUUGCCUAAAUUCAAUGUUUUUCGAACUUUAGUGGUUGCAGAAAUUCAGUUUUUUCGAACUUAAAUGGUUGCAUGACUUCAGUUAUUGCCGAACUUCAGUUAUUGCCGAACUUUAGUUAAUUCCGAACAUCAGUGGUUUCUGAACCAAACACGGUGUUUAUUUAUUACCGAACCCAACCCAACCCGUACUUAAGUUGUUUCCAAACCGAACCCGAAUUUCAGCGCUAACCGAACUGACCCCGAAGUGGGUUCAAUCCUCAAAUCUACUCUUGACCCACCAGGUUUGCGUUUACUGCUGGCCGUGUGCAAGAACUGUGGAGAAACCCUCCACUCACUGAAGAUCUUUAAACUGAUGACCCCUGAACUUGGCCUUGACAUUGGCACUGAUGCCAGAUACUUGAUGGCGCUCUCACAGUUUGUAAAUGUAUCAGGUAACUUGAUGCUUCCUUUUUUGUCACUGUCAGGUAACUUGAUGCUUCCUUUUUGUCACUGUCAGGUAACUUGAUGCCUCCUUUUUGUCACCGUCAGGUAACUUGAUGCUUCCUUUUUGCCACGGUCAGGUAACUUGAUGCUUCCUUUUUAUCACUGUCAGGUAACUUGAUGCUUCCUUUUUGUCACUGUCAGGUAACUUGAUGCUUCCUUUUUGUUACUGUCAGGUAACGUGGUAUUUUGUGUCACGUGACACUAUGACUGAAGGUUAUUAUUGUGAGUAGUGAGUGAAGUUGGUGACCUGAUUGGCCUGUGUUGUUGUUAUGUGGUAUGACUGGACGCGCUGAGUUGUUUUUAUUCAUGAAUGUGUUCAACUUAAAUGCAUGGAAAAGUGGAAUGAGUGAUCAUGAAUGUAGAGGUAUAAAAAGGAUGUUUAAUGUAGAAUAAAGGUCAGUUGUUACACCGAACACAGAAGAGUGCGAAUCAUUCAUUUCUAUUACAUGUCACACAUAAAUGUACACUGUACAUCCCACCCCAGUACUGAGUGUCAGUGACAUGUACAUGAGUGUAAUUUACGCCAUAUUCGUCCAUCCUACCCCAGUACUGAGGGUCAAUCACACCUACAUGUCCGACGACGUCCUGUUCCUGCUCUCCGCGCACGGGAAGCUUAAAGACCUCGCCAUCCACGCAGAAUACUACUACUACGGACGUGCGGACAGCCGGACAUCGGAGGAAGCGUGGCAACUCUUGACGCUCAAAUGUCCGGAUCUCGAAGUCACAUUCGUCAUUAAGGUAAGAAUAAGUUGACGCGUAUGAUUUGUAAGCGACUGUCACUCGUCUGGUUUGCAGUUAAUACAUCAUAAUCGGUAUGAUUGUAAGCGACUGUCACUCGUCUGGUUUGCAGUUAAUACAUCUUAAUCGGUAUGAUUGUAAGCGACUGUCACUCGUCUGGUUUGCAGUUAAUACAUAUUAAUCGGUAUGAUUGUAAGCGACUGUCACUCGUCUGGUUUGCAGCCAAUACAUCUUAAUCGGUAUGAUUGUAAGCGACUGUCACUCGUCUGGUUUGCAGUUAAUACAUAUUAAUCGGUAUGAUUGUAAGUGACUGUCACUCGUCUGGUUUGCAGCCAAUACAUCUUAAUCGGUAUGAUUGUAAGCGACUGUCACUCGUCUGGUUUGCAGUUAAUACAUAUUAAUCGGUAUGAUUGUAAGCGACUGUCACUCGUCUGGUUUGCAGCCAAUACAUCUUAAUCGGUAUGAUUGUAAGCGACUGUCACUCGUCUGGUUUGCAGUUAAUACAUAUUAAUCGGUAUGAUUGUAAGCGACUGUCACUCGUCUGGUUUGCAGCCAAUACAUCUUAAUCGGUAUGAUUGUAAGCGACUGUCACUCGUCUGGUUUGCACUUAAUACAUAUUAAUCGGUAUGAUUGUAAGUGACUGUCACUCGUCUGGUUUGAAGCCAAUACAUCUUAAUCGGUAUGAUUGUAAGCGACUGUCACUCGUCUGGUUUGCAGUUAAUACAUAUUAAUCGGUAUGAUUGUAAGCGACUGUCACUCGUCUGGUUUGCAGUUAAUACAUAUUAAUCGGUAUGAUUGUAAGCGACUGUCACUCGCCUGGUUUGCAGCCAAUACAUCUUAAUCGGUAUGAUUGUAAGCGACUGUCACUCGUCUGGUUUGCAGCCAAUACAUCUUAAUCGGUAUGAUUGUAAGCGACUGUCACUCGUCUGGUUUGCAGUUAAUACAUAUUAAUCGGUAUGAUUGUAAGCGACUGUCACUCGUCUGGUUUGCAGUUAAUACAUCUUAAUCGGUAUGAUUGUAAGCGACUGUCACUCGUCUGGUUUGCAGUUAAUACAUCUUAAUCGGUAUGAUUGUAAGCGACUGUCACUCGUCUGGUUUGCAGUUAAUACAUCUUAAUCGGUAUGAUUGUAAGCGACUGUCACUCGUCUGGUUUGCAGUUAAUACAUCUUAAUCGGUAUGAUUGUAAGCGACUGUCACUCGUCUGGUUUGCAGUUAAUACAUCUUAAUCGGUAUGAUUGUAAGCGACUGUCACUCGUCUGGUUUGCAGCCAAUACAUCUUAAUCGGUAUGAUUGUAAGCGACUGUCACUCGUCUGGUUUGCAGUUAAUACAUAUUAAUCGGUAUGAUUGUAAGUGACUGUCACUCGUCUGGUUUGCAGCCAAUACAUCUUAAUCGGUAUGAUUGUAAGCGACUGUCACUCGUCUGGUUUGCAGCCAAUACAUCUUAAUCGGUAUUAUUGUAAGCGACUGUCACUCGUCUGGUUUUGCAGCUAAUACAUCAUAAUCGGUGUGAUUGUAAGCGACUGUCACUCGUCUGGUUUGCAGCUAAUACAUCAUAAUCGGUAUGAUUGUAAGUGACUGCCACUGGUCUGGUUUGCAGCUAUUACAUCAUAAUCGGUAUGAUUGUAGGCGACUGUCACUCGUCUGGUUUUGCAGCUAAUACAUCAUAAUCGGUAUGAUUGUAAGCGACUGUCACUCGUCUGGUUUGCAGCUAAUACGUCAUAAGGCAUUUUUCUUGACUCUUUGACUUGAAAAUCUUUUGACUGUUUAGUUCUUUAUUUGUAUUUUCUCAAUGCUUGUGUCCCUUGUGUAAGCGGACACUCGCGGUUAGCAUCCACACUUGACCAUAAUAAAAAAACUGUCACACUGUUUUGUGCCGACUCUUAGGGUUAUUCUAAAUACUGUCACAUUGUUUUGUGCUGACUCUUAAGGGUUAUUUUAAAUACUGUAACACUAUUUUGUGCUGACUCUUAAGGGUUAUUUUAAAUACUGUAACACUAUUUUGUGCUGACUCUUAAUUGUUCUUCCAAAUACUGCUACACUAACAUGUGAAUUCCAUUGCCACUGUGUAUUCCCAAGGGAGUAAGCCAUGACCAGUCCCUGUGUGACAUACUGACCCCGUCGAUACCACUUUGUAUGCUCCUCUGGUUCCCUGCAAACUACACCACCUCGUUCAACACCAAGAACUGUUUCCAGCAUAUCGCGUCACAUUUCCAGGUGAAAACUGCCUUCCUAACUUUUUUUUUAAGUCGGUGCUUCUCAAACUAGGAACGAUUAUCAUCAAGCUAUUUACAUUAGAAAUGGGUCAUUCGAAAAAUGAACAUAUUAAAAAAAACACGUUCAAAAUGAACGGAUGAUCACUUAGUUAAACAUCUCACUGUCCAAGUAGCGAUAAAAACAUUUAGUUCAAAUCUUAAUGAAAAUACCUCAGUGUCUUAGUGGCCUUGAACACACUUAUUUCAAAUCUUACUGAGAAUGCCCAAUUAUCCAAGUGGUCUUAAACACAUUUAGUUCAUAUCUGACUGGGAAUGCCCAAUUAUCCAAGUGGUCUUAAAAACAUUUAGUUCAUAUCUGACUGGGAAUGCCCGAUUAUCCAAGAGGCCUUAAACACAUUUAUUUCAAAUCUUACUGGAGUGCUCAAUUGUCUAAGUGGCCUUAAAAAAUUAGUUGAUAUCUUACUGAUAAUGCCCCAUUGUCUAAGUGGCCUUGAACACAUUUAGUUCCUAUCUUACUGAGAAUGCCCCUAAACACACUCUCUAUAAAAGGUGACGAUACAUUUAAAUCCCAACCCCACUUUGAAUAGUAAUUCUCCUUUCUUUUCCAGAAAAGUUUACGCGAUCUUGUCUUAUUCCUUGACUUCUCUUUUUUAAACGAUGAGGAGGAUAUAGCCAAUGUCAUUGCCAAGUAAAUAUGCAAUCUUCAUACGUUCUGUCACAGUGCUUCUCAAACUGAUGGGCCGCGGACCGGCAUGACGGUCAAUAUGGAACAAUUUUGAGAAAGAACAUUUAUCCAGCAAUUGAAAGCAGAACCCCGCUGUCAUUUGAAUUUGUUACAGCCGUGUUCCUUCACCCUGAACAUUUGAGAAGCGCUGCUUUGACAUGGGAACUGCUAAAGAAUAAACCUAUUCGAAAACAACAGUAAAAUUUAAAUAAUGAAUGCACCGUCUACUGUGAUGCUUCUACAUUUAAUAUAUACAUUUAGUUCUCUAUUUUAAUAUAUACUUUUUAUUCUGUAUUUUAAUAUAUACGUUUUAUUCUAUAUUUUGAUAUUUACGAUUUUUUCUCUAUUUUAAUAUAUGCGUUUUAUUCUCUAUUUUGAUAACAUAAGUUUUAUUCUCUAUUUUAAUAACAUAAGUUUUAUUCUCUAUUUUAAUAACAUAAGUUUUAUUCUCUAUUUUAAUAUAUGCGAUAUAUUCUCCAUUUAUAUGUAUUCUUUGUAUUCUCUAUUUGACUCAACUUCCGUUUCCGGUCAUUGCUGUGUUGACCAGGUGCACGUGCUUGAAUACGCUAAUCAUCGACUCUAAAAUGAAGGUCCAGCAACAGAUCCGCGUGGAGAGGGCGAUUCGCAAGGCCGUCGGGCAACAGCCGGACCAUCGCCUUCAGACGGUCAUCAUCAACAACGAGGUCAUCAACCUGGAGGAGACCUGGCUGACGUCCUUGAUAGGCUGGCUGGUGGUGCUCGUCAACUGAAGCUAGGCUGGCUGGUGGUGCUCGUCAACUGAAGCAAGGCUUGUGGAUCGCCAUCAGACCAAAAGCUGCCCCCCCCCUCCACGGGCGAGAUGUCGUCGCAUUGCUACGUGGAGCCAUUCAUGAACUUUGUCAUCACACCAAACAAGGCAUCGUCACCACAAAGAAAGGGCACCAUCAAACAACAUUACAUGCAAUAAAACACAAUCCAUUUAUCCUAAUUCAAUUCGUGUGACAUGAUACAUUUCCCCCAGUGUAAAAGUAUACCUGACCAUGAAAGCGAAAGUUCGAGGAAAAAAAAAAGAUUGGCCAACCUGUUAGGGGAUUUAGUGGCAUUCAAUGAACAUCCAUUAAAUGGCGUAAUGUUGGUGAGGGGCUAGCAAAAGAAAAGCCACCAUUGUUGAUACAAGGUAAACAUAUCAUAUAUAUCAAUGUAUCGUUAUGUAAAAAGCAUGUCUGAUUAAAUAAGUAAACUAUCUUAUGUCUGAUUACAUUAGUGAACAACUGAUAAUAGAGUGUUCCUAUCUCUUGCUGUUUGCUAGGAAUUAUGCCUUUCCAUUGAUCAUGAUAUAACAUCAUAAUUAUGUCUUUCCAUUGAUCAUGAUGUAACAACAUAAUUAUGUCUUUCCAUUGAUCAUGAUGUAACAACAUAAUUAUGUCUUUCCAUUGAUCAUGAUGUAACAACAUAAUUAUGUCUUUCAAUUGAUCAUGAUGUAACUUCAUAAUUAUGUCUGCGAUAUUUGACCAAGAGUAGAGGGCGCUAUUCUUUAACAACAUCACAUCACCAUCUUAUCAAUAAAGAUGUUCAUUUAAAUGCCAUCAUAGCUACCAUCAUAACUACCAUCAUAGCUACCAUCACAG